GCAUGGAGCCCGCGCUGCGCAGGAUCCCGUCCUGGAGCAUCCUCGGGCCUGAACACCCAGAGAUGAGCUUCCUAGAGCAAGAAGAUCGCGCCUCCUGGCCUUCACCUGCCAUGACCACCAGCUCAGAAAGAGUUUGUGGCAAGAGGGGAACCAAAGCAUUGAGAUGGACAAGGCAGGAAGCUGUGGAGGAAGGAGAGCCACCAGGUUUGGGGGAAGGUGCCCACUGUGGGCCAGCUGCUGAGUCCACCAGGCUGGAAGCCACAUUCCCCAAGACCACACCCUUGGCCCAUGCUACUCCCUUGGCUGGGCUGGGGACCCCACCCGCAGGAUGGGACCUCCUCCUGCCUGACUGUGCAGUCUCAGCUACGGGUUCCAGUUCUGGGGAUCUGGAGCUGGACAUAGAGUUCCCAGCCACAGAAGCCUGGGACUAUGAGCUGGAAGGCCUUGGGGAGGACAGGCCUGCCCCAGGCCCAUACCCACAGGCUCCACUCCUCAGCCUGGGCUGGGAUGAUGAGGUGCAGAAGCCUGGGGCCCAGGUCUACAUGCACUUCAUGCAGGAGCACACCUGCUACGACGCCAUGGCAACCAGCUCCAAGCUGGUCAUCUUUGACACCACGUUGGAGAUCAAGAAGGCCUUCUUUGCUCUGGUGGCCAAUGGUGUGCGGGCCGCUCCUCUGUGGGACAGCAAGAAGCAGAGCUUUGUGGGGAUGCUCACCAUCACAGACUUCAUCCUGGUGUUGCACCGCUACUACAGAUCCCCACUGGUCCAGAUCUAUGAGAUUGAAGAGCAUAAGAUCGAGACUUGGAGGGAGAUCUACCUCCAAGGCUGCUUCAAGCCUCUGGUGUCCAUCUCUCCCAAUGACAGUCUGUUUGAAGCUGUCUAUGCCCUCAUCAAGAAUCGAAUCCACCGCCUGCCGGUCCUGGAUCCUGUCUCAGGCACGGUGCUCUACAUCCUCACACACAAGCGGCUGCUCAAGUUCCUGCACAUCUUUGGUGCCCUGCUGCCGAGGCCCUCCUUCCUCUGCCGCACCAUCCAAGAUUUGGGCAUUGGCACAUUCCGAAAUUUGGCUGUGGUUCUGGAGACGGCACCUGUCCUGACUGCACUGGAUAUCUUUGUAGAUCGGCGCGUGUCUGCCUUGCCAGUGGUCAAUGAAUCUGGUCAGGUGGUGGGCCUCUACUCCCGCUUCGAUGUGAUUCACUUGGCUGCCCAGCAAACCUACAACCACCUAGACAUGAGUGUGGGAGAAGCCCUACGGCAGAGGACACUGUGUCUGGAGGGGGUCCUCUCCUGCCAGCCCCAAGAGAGCCUGGGGGACGUCAUCGACCGGAUUGCACGAGAGCAGGUGCAUCGGCUGGUGCUAGUGGAUGAGACCCAGCAUCUCCUAGGCGUGAUCUCCCUCUCUGACAUCCUUCAGGCACUGGUGCUCAGCCCCGCAGGCAUCGACGCCCUCAGUGCCUGAAAACACCAAGCCCUAACUCCCAGGCUACCUUCCACACCCAGAACCCAAUGAAGGGAGCCAAGGGACUCAGCCUUCAUCUUCUACCCUCAUUGGCUGAUUCAGCUCUGGUUCAGGCUUCUCCAGCCUCCCCUCUUAAUUAUCCUUGCUCUGCCUAUACUCCCAGAAGCCCUUGUGUCCCAGAAUGACGACUUGAAGAACAGCGGAGUCAAGCCUGGAGGUCUCUGAACACACUGGGAUUAAUCCAGGGCUACCAACACUCCUCACCCACUCGUAUUCCUUUCCCCCUAACGUGGGUUGGAACUGACUGCCAUGGGGGCAGUAAGCACACAGCUGUGGGUUUGACAUGAUAAAAAGAAAACAAAGCAAAAAGCUGUGGCUUCCUUGGCUUCUGAACAAAGUACAGCCCUUGCUUCAAACUCUUGGGAACCCUAGCUGUUCUUUCCAUCUAAGAACCAUUUUUGUGGUGCCCCUACAACUUGACCACUUCCCUUGUGAUCUCAGGGCUGUGGGGUGCGAGGUCACUGGGGAGCAGCUCUUCUAGAGCUGCCUGUGGAAGUGGGGUUCUCACUCCAUCGUUAUCCAGAAAACAGCUCUUAGCAGUGUUCUCAGUUCCCAGGGAAGAAUGGCCUUGUGGAUCCCUGAGGCCAAGCAAUCAAAGGAACACGCCAUGAACUUGGAUUUUUAUAGGCUCCACUCAAAAUGCUAUAGCUGUGGAACGUGAACAGCGGGCAAAACCCUGUGCUUUCUGAAUUCAAAGACUUGAAGGAAAUGCUGCAAUCGACAAAAGCUGCAAGUGACAUGUCUUUUGCCCAUGGACUGUUCUUCCACUGAAUUUUUAAACCAUCUUUUAUUUAUAACAAAACCAAAAAGAAGAUAUUUGUUAUCACUUAUACAAUAGGUAGAACACAGUCUACACUCUUCUCUGCAAGAAACAUGACUUUUAAGUUUUGUAAUGCUGAAUGUAAUUUCUCUUAGGAACCUCAUUUCACCAGGUGGGAGAAUUUGAUUUCAAUCAACUUGGUGGGACGGGG